AUGGCACAUGGAAUAGUUAUUGAUGAGAAUGGUCGCUGGAGUGAUCAUUCACUUCAGAAUGUUGCAAUAUUGGCUUUUGAAGUCGUAAUUUGUGUUGUUUCGCUUCUUCAAGGAAAACUUGAUUCUUUAGUGGGAAAAUCGUCAGGUUAUAUUGAGAACCUACCCGAAGAAGUCAAGGAUCGUAUUAAUGGUUUAAAAUAUUAUCAGUCUGGGCAUGCCAAGUUAGAAGCUAAAUUUCAAGAAGAUAUUUUAGCACUCGAAAAAAAAUAUUUAGAGUUAUACAGGCCAUUAUAUGAAAAACGAUUAAAAGUAGUUCGCGGUGAGUGCGAACCAACCAAGGAGGAAAUAGAAAUAGGCGCGACGCUUGAUGAAGAACAACAGACGGAAAUAGAGGAGAACGCACAACCGGAAAAAAAUAAAGUACAAGAGAAUAAAGAGAGUAAGAAGGAACCUGUUAAAGGAAUUCCAGAAUUUUGGCUUACGGCUAUGAAAAAUUUAGGAACGAUUGCGGAGAUUAUUACUGAUCGGGAUGAAGAAGCAUUAAAGCAUUUGAUUGACAUACGCAUGUCAUAUCUCGAAAAACCAGGUUUCCAACUUGAGUUCGAAUUUGAAGAGAAUCGAUUUUUUAAGAAUAAAACCUUGACAAAAACUUAUUAUUAUCAAGAUGAACCAGGAUAUGGUGGAGAUUUUGUUUAUGAUCAUGCAGAAGGUACAGAUAUUGAUUGGAAAGAAGGUGAAGAUCUUACAGUGACGGUGGAAACGAAAAAACAAAAACAUAAGGGUUCAAAUAAAACUCGAGUGGUAAAGACCACAGUACCUACAGAUUCUUUCUUUCAAUUCUUUAAUCCACCAGCGGAACCAGAAGACGAUAACGAAGACGAUGAUGAUAAUUUAGAUGAACGUCUUGAAAUGGAUUAUCAAAUUGGGGAAGAUAUAAAGGAAAAAUUAAUUCCUCGUGCCAUUGAUUGGUAUACGGAUAUUUUAAGAUAUCACCUUGUUGCAACUAUUACUGAUCAAACCACAUUUCAUUACAUUGGAUAUAACAUUAGAAAUGGGCAGAACAACCGGAAUGCAAGCAACAAUAAAUAUGAAAUAACACGAUAG